CGUUGGGUACACAUAAUGUCGUAAUUGUUAAAGUUUGGCCGCCAAGUUUGCCGUGCUCGUGCUCCCUCGCUCUUACUUCAACUCUAUAUAUACCCCCCAGUCUCCACCUGAACUUUCACAGAACAAAUCCUAACGAGUUCUUCAAUUUCUUUGAUCACAAAAACACCUCGUCCUCCAUUCCCAUCGAAUCUUUCCAUCUUUGAAAUUUUCUUUGAUCCAAAUCUUCGACUGGAACUGAUGGCUUAUCCAACUGGACCUGGACCACCUGGUCAUGGGAUUGUGGGUGCAUAUCAACACCAAACUGCACCUGCUUAUGGCGGUGGAUACACAUACCUACCUCCACCUGCUUAUGGCGGUGGAUACACAUACCCACCUGCACCGGCUUAUUGUGGCGGGUACCCAGCUUUUGUUCCUGCUCCAUAUGGUCCAUAUAUACCACACACUGCCCCGGCUGCACAGCCAAAGAGUCCUAUCAUUUCUGGUAUUGUGACAGCCGCGAUUGAAGCGCUGGCCAUAGAUGUGUUCAGGGGUGCAGUCACUAAUACUUUGUUUGAUGAUGCUAAUUAAUUCAAUUUCUGAUUCUAGUCCCUAGGGUUGUUUAAUGUUUUGGGUGAUGCUUUAUGUUUCGGGAUUUUGUUUUUAUAUUUUGAUUGUAUAUAUGUAGGUCUUUCUUAUGAUUGUUCCUUUGAAUUUCUGAGGGUUUGGAUGGAGGGAGAGGAGAAAGGAAAUAUGGUUGAAAUAUCCUAAAGAUCAAUUACAUUAUGUCACUUUCCUCUCUUGUCUUCCCCAUCUAAAACCUCCAUAUUAGGUUUGGGUGAAGUUAAAACUUUUUAGUUUCCAUUUGGAAGGUUGUAAUAUUGUUGGGUACGUAUGAAAAUAAAAGUAUGGUUGUGUUUGUAAUUUCUGUUCCGAAGGUUGUUAAUUAUUUGAUUGUUGGUUAAUUAUGAAAUAGAAGUAUGGGUUUGUGUUU